AUGUCCCGCCACUCCACCGAAUACGACGAUGACGACUUUUCGAUGGACGACGACUCCUGCUCUGUCGCGUCCUCUUGCAUGAACGGUGCUCGAUCCGUCUCUACCACGGCCACAUCUCAUGACUGGGAAAUGCGGUCCGCGUCCCCCGCCCCCUCCAUGUACUCCGUAACAAGCUCCUUCUACGGCCGCGGUAUCAACAACUACUCGGACGUCUACCGUCUCCCCGCCGAUGAUGAAGAGUUCGAGCGUCUCGACCUGCAGCACGUCAUGUUCUCGGAGGUCAUGGGCAGGUAUGCCCAACCAUUACCGGAGGUGCUAGCAGACGAUGGGAGACCGAAGGCAGUGGUGGAUCUGGGUUGUGGAAGUGGGAGUUGGAUCCUGGACGUCGCAAAGGACUUCCCACACUGCAGCGCGGUCGCAGUCGACCUUGUUCCCAUGCAAAACGUGAGCGAGGUGGACGACAUCAACCUCGGCCUGCAGCACUUCUACGACUCCUUUGACGUCGCCCACGCGCGGCUCGUCUCGUCCGGGAUCCGCGACUACAACGGCCUGAUCGACGAAAUGACGCAGACGCUCAGACCGCGCGGCCUCAUCCACCUCAUCGAGUUCGACUUCCGCGUAUACGACUCCAAACACCGCCCCAUCCUCCCCGCCCACGGCGGCCCAAAGGAGCCUGCCGCGCUCGCCCGCUGGAUGAACCUUGUCAACGUCGCCGUCGAACAGCGCGGUGGCGAGCCUGACGCCGCCAACCACCUCCAGCGCUGGAUCACGGCCCACCCGUCUCUCGAGGACGUCGUCUACCGCGAAUUCUGGUUCCCCACAUGUCCCUGGGCGAGGGGCACAACCCCCGAAGCUCUCCGCCAUAAUCGCACGGGCGCUAUGAUGCGUGACGACAUACUGGCGUUCUUGAAGUCCGGUCGGCCGCUGCUUCUCAGCAGCGACCUGAACCCCGAUCUCGUUGCUGAGAUCGAGGCCGACGCCGAGCGUGAGCUCCUCGAGGCCAAGGCACACACCUACAUCCGCGUUCAGAAUGUGUACGCCCGACGGAAAGCGCAGUAG